AUGUAUAAAACUUUUAAGAAAUUUGAAACAUUUAAAAACUCAAAAAAACAUUCUUAUAAAAAUAAUCCAGAAUAUUGCGUAUAUUUAUACCACUGGUUGUACAAAGUAACAGAAGGAAGUAAUAUUUCAGAUACCUUUAUCGGUAUCAUUUUUAAGGUUUUUCAUGAAAAUUUUUCUGAUCUGAAAGAGGAGCAUAUAUGUCCUUAUUAUUUAUAUGAAUAUAAAAAAGAAAUUUACAAAUCAAAAGACCUAGUAAAAUUAAGCUAUUUACAACAUAAUGUUGUAGAUAUUAUGAAAAUAUUGAAAAAUACUAAAGAUAAAGAUUACUGUUAUUGUCAAAAAUAUCUUAAAGAUUGUGUUGACAUAUAUAUAGAGAUGAUGAGAAGGUUAUGCCCUGAUAAUGAAGAGGGAAAUGAUUCUAGUGAAAUAAUUUGCCCUGAAUUAAUUAAAUUUAGAGUUAAUUACAAUUUUCUUACAAAGGAUAAUAAAAUAGAAAAAGAAAUACCACACAUCGAUACUGGAGAAAGAGAACUAGAAUUAUUAAAUUGUCCACUGAAAGGAGAAAGAUCAGGAUUAAUAUCCGAUGCUCGUCCCAGUUCAGAUGCUGCUGCAUCACAAGCUUUAUCUAAUGUAAAAACAUUGCCUAUAGCUCUUGGCACAAUUUCUGGAGUAACAUCCAUAUUAGCGUUAUUAUAUAAGUUUACUCCUUUAGGUUUAUGGAUAAAUACAAAAAUAUUAGGGAGAGAUAAAUUAUUAGACAAUAUUAAGAAGAAUGAACAACAAUUUCUAUUAAACACUGCACACAUUCGGGAUAUAAAUUCAGGUGAUACGAUAUAUCGCAUAAAAUAUAAUUCUGUAUUAAAUGAGUAG